GAGAGAGAGAGAGAGAGAGAGUCGUUUUGUUGUAGAAAUCUAGAUAAGGCGAUAAGCAAAGGAGGGACACACCAAAGGAAUUGAGGAGACAGUGAGCAAAGGAGGAAGAAUGACUUCGAUAUCGUUAGUAUCUCUGUCAAGCGCGAGAAUCAGUAAUUGCAGUCCUUCAGCUUCUCUCACUUUCCUUACGGGCACAAAGAGAAGCUUUGCAUCUCUGAACUUGGUGAACUCCAAAACUACUUCUGGCCUUCUUCACUGCUCUUUCGUUCCUUCAACAUCACUCUCUCUCCCUUCUUCAUUCGCAGGUCUGUCAUUGGGGGUUGAUUUGAGAUUUAACAAUGUGGUGAGAAGAGAGAACGGUAGAGGUCUAGUGGUGAGGGCAGGGAAGGCUGCUCUGUGCCAGACCAAGAGGAACAGGUCCAGAAAGUCACUGGCUAGGACUCAUGGUUUCAGAAGGCGAAUGAGAACCACUAGUGGGAGAGCUGUGUUGAAGCGUAGGCGUGCCAAGGGACGGAAGGUUCUCUGCCCAAAGUCUAACCCAAAUAGUGGGAAGCGGGCUUGAUCCAUCAUGAUUAAAAACGAAUUACUUUCAGCAGGUAUAUAGGAUAUAUCUGCACUAGUCAUUGGUGAAAAUUUGGUUCAGUGUUAAACUGUUAUCUGACAAAUGUAAUUGCUAUUUCAUCAAGGGAGAUUUUUUUUGUCUCUAAUCAAUUUUACUUUUUCUCA